AUGCGGGCAAACCUCGACGGGACAGAUCGGAAAGUGCUGUUAAGUGGGCUCGGGCAUCCGAAUUCCUUGGCCGUGGACGAUUUGAGACAAAAGCUGUACUUUUCAGAAUCUGACGACAAUUCCGACCGGAUCAUGCGCUGCAACUUAGACGGCAGCAACCUGGAGGAGGUGGUGUCAGGCGUCCAUGUGCAGGGAAUAGCUACGGAUGCAGAUGGCAAAGUUUACUGGACGGACUUGACGAGCUCUCAGAUCCAGCGCAGUGCUUUGAACGGUUCCGACAUCGAAGUCUUGGUCUCGGAUCUGCAGGAGCCUGCAGGCCUGGCCUUGGACUCAAAGGCCAGUCGGAUAUAUUGGGCCGAUCAAUGUGGCUACGAGAACACAGCCAGGAUUCAAAGCGCCGCCCUAGACGGCUCCGGUGUGGCCACGCUGUCCAACGCCUCCCAUCCCAUGCAUGUUGCCUUGGAUUCCGAUGGACAGCUGUACUGGACAGAUGCGGGCAGCUUCGAGAUUCGAAGAUGCAAACCCGACGGAUCUUCCGCUGAAGUCUUGUACAACAAAACAGUUGUAUUGCUGCCCAACUCGCAGCCUUCGAACAAACCUUUCCAGCAGCUGACGGGUCUUUUGGACCCUCAGGGGAUUGCCGUGGACUCUGUGGCAGGCAAAGUCUAUUGGACCCAGCUUGGCACACAGUACAAAACCAGAGGUGGACCAUCAGUACAGCGAAACAGCAAGCUUCAGCGUGCAAACCUUGAUGGCAGUGAGAUCGAGACUCUAGCCGAGUUCGGUGCUUCACAACCGGUGGCUGUCGCCAUCUCCCUCGUGCCCUCGCACAAAGCCGAGCUGUGA